UUGACUCUUUCGGAUACAGUACCAUCAGCCGAAUUGUUUAAUUCAUCUCGCGAACUGUCUACCCUCCAAAGCGCCAACACAGGGAACUCUCUCAACUAUCAGCAUCGACAAACAUACAGCGUUUCUUUCUAGAAAUCGUUCGGCCUGCAGCGUAUCAUUAUUGGCGCUGCAGAGAAUCGCGGGAACCCCCCCCCGGGUGUCGACUCCAUGGCUUGAUCCAUACGCGAAUUUCCACAACACCUUGCGCCCUGAAUUGCACGAGACUUGGAGUACUAUCCCGCCCUCGACGUUGCUGGAAUUCACGAACAACGAACAAAUCACCCCGAAUCAACCCACACACAGUGGCCCUGGCAGCUCUUUCCCGAAAUCCCGCGACCCAAGAGCAACCACUACUGGAUUCGUGCGCGUACUCGCUUCCGCAAAUGAAGAUGAACGGACCUCUUGGGCCCGAGGUUGAGGUGUUUGCAAAUGCACUCGAUGAUUGUCUCGCGCCUCAGGGCACAAUUGAAGAGAAGCAGGCAAGAAUAUUGAACCUGGUAAAUACGUACUAUGACUACUCCAAUGAAAGGUUGUCGCAGUUGCGCAAACAGGCUCGCCAGGCCUCAGUUGGCGAUACCGAGAUGGACUUGGACGACGACGCGGAGGCUGGGUCUACCGCUAGCUUGGAAGAAAUUCAAGAAUGGGAGCAAGAGAGACAGACAUGGGAUCUCGUUCGUCGCCUAAUCCCGCUAAGAUACCCUACACCAAAGUCGAAAGGUCACAGGGCUACGAGCGCCACGAAGAAGAACAGAGAGGGCAACAACCUUUGGGGCGCAUUCCUUACAAGCGAUGAGCUGGCCGUGGAGAGGAGGACCAUCCUGGAAUGGCUGCAACAGAGCGCAAGAAGUGGUCCCGAUCUCAACGACCUCGUUCGAGAACUACAACAGAACGCCGAUAGAGGAGAUAUUAUCGCUCAUGGCUGGAUACACACCAGGUCUGCCAUUAAGUUGCAGAAAGGCGUGAUCGGCUACGCGCGCCCGCUUGACGUCCAGUUUCCCGAAGUCGCACGCUCCCUUGUCAAUUCGGACAAGGCGCCACUUGUCGCCGAGCUGGACCCAGACUCUGUGACUAGACAGAGCCGGAAGCUGGAGCCUCAGGACGAGUACUUCGAGCGGGCGAUUUGGGUUGGUUGUUUCCAGCUGCUUCGGCGCGGCAGCAGUCUGGGGGCCAUUCGGGAGUGGUGCUUGGAGAGAACAGAGGUCUGGAGAGCUGUUUCCAUGUCUGCAUUACCCCUCGCUACCGACCACGGCGAGACAAGCCUUGUGGAAGAUCCCGCAACACUUGCGCUCUGGAGACGCAUGUGCUUCGCAGCGGCACGCCAAGGCGGCGUCGACGACAUCGAGAGAGCCGUCUACGGUGUGCUUUCGGGAGACAUUCCCAGCGUUCAAAAAGUGUGCAAAACCUGGGAUGACUUCAUGUUCAUGCACUACAACGCUCUCGUCCGCACACAACUCGACACAUUCGUUCUCGGUCAAUGCCCUCCUGAGGUAUCAGCUUCUCUUCGUUCAUCAUUCCCCGCUUUCGACGCUGUUCAGUUUCAUGGCGAUGCUACUACGCUAGAGCAGCGUUUGAUACAUAAACUCGAGACAAGCCCUCACACGAGCAAAGAAGCCCUUGAGCCUGUCAAGGCACUUCAAGCUGCUAUAAUUUCCAAGGAGCUAGAGCGACACUUUUAUGAGCAGGGUGUGGCCAUCACGCUGAAGGCCAAUUCCAAAGAGUCUUCUAUGCUCAUGCCCGAUGAUUUCUGCCGCGAUGUCAGCGUGGCUACUGAGAAGUUUGCAGACUUCGAGAGCCCUGGCCGUCUUCGACUUGCUGUCCAUGCACUCAUCAUCUUUGGCACCCUCGAUAAGCUCGUCGACUCACCGCCGAACUCAGCAACGAUGAGCAUGAGUUCCGACCGACGUGAAAUCCAGGAGAAUACGAUCACGCUUUAUAUUAGCCUAUUGCGCCUUUCUGGCUUGGAGGAGUUGAUUCCUCUUUACUGUUCCAGGAUUCUCAACACAAGAGCUCUUCAAGUAUUAAGCACCAACCUCCUGCCCAUCACAGACAACGAGGCCCGUUUGUUGCAACUGAGUCUCAUCCGCAAGGCAGGGCUGGAUGUGCUGCAAUUUGUCCACUACCAGCCAGCAUCCCUGUUCCGAAGCCUGGGUCCUGAGGCCGGAGAGCCCCGGAGGUUCCAGAUCGUGGACGCUGGACCACCGUCUCUCAAGUAUGGGCGUUCGAUUAGGACGGACUUCUUUGGAGAAGAUCCUGAUACCAUUGAAUCUAUCGAUGAGCGCCUGAUCCGCUCGGUGGAGUGGCUGCUCCUGGUCGACGAAGCUUGGCCUCAUGUGUUCCGCGUCGGUGUGGACAUCUACAAAUACUUUCUCAAAACCUUGCGAUUGAACGCUGCCAGAAGCUUCGCCAGCCGGGUACCCUUCGGCACUAUCAUGGCGCAUAGGGUGGAAUUUGCUGAACAGGACGCAAACGAUACUUGGUGGACGGAGGAUGCAGAAUUUUGGGCUGGCCAGAUCGAAGCUUCAGGUGCGAAGAGCCUCUCGCCGAGUCAACUGGCUUUGGAAGCACGGGCUUUCCGCGAUUUGGAAUGUCUUGUCAAGGCCUUGGAUACGAUGGAAACCAUUGCCUCAUUAACGGAGCUUUCGAAGGAGGACCCGUCCGUCAAGAGAGAUUUCUGGACUAAGGUUGGAAACGAGGUCAAGUCUGCCAAAGAGCAUGUGCGACCUUUGCUGAAACAAUGGCUGCGGGGUCAAGAAGACGAAGAUCUGGAAGCGCUACGGGAUAUGUAUUUACCCGAGACACUCCUCGCUUAUGUUAGUACUCUUCACUUCGCUGGCACCACUCUGACGAGGGACAACUUCUUGGAGUGCAUGGAAUUAGCGGCCACCGUUGCUGAGAAGGAUUCCGACGUGGCCGACUGCUUCAUGAAGGCGGCCCGGAUGAAGGAACUGGUGGAAAGCUUCGCGGCGUGCAGCAAGGCACUAGCCAUCGCCUCGGGCGAGAAGAAAGCAGCUGGUUCGAGCAGCAAGAAGCUGCGCGAGAUGGGGUGGUCUCGAGAUCUCUGGUCCGUUAAACAGUGACCGGAGUAAUUGGGGUCGGUCAGACCAACGUAGAGAAGGAAGGAGUGAGGUUCGUUUGGGAAGUGGUUCCUUAACCGAUCGUCACGUUACGUCUAUAUGAGAAAAGCUGGCCGCUUACGAGUGGGGCAUACGGAUGGGGAGUCAAGGACUGGCACACAAAACUGAAACACAGAAAUGGUAGAUCGAAGUAGAAGUUUUGAGGCACUGGGACAGCGCGCUCUGAGCGUGCCUAAUAUAUUGCCAGUGUGGCUCGAGGCACA